AGACUGAAGGGUUUAAUGUCAGCGCGAUCACAGUUUACCGGUGAUUUAUUUAUUUUGUCGGGGUUAUAGGAAGAUCUCCGCUAUCUGACGAGACUAUGGUUCAAAUAGUCAUAAGAGGCAGCGUGGACGGCUGCAGUCCUCCUGAGUGGCUGCUGGUGGAGCUGCAGGGGGAGAUGGUUUCCAGACACAACUCCGGUCUGGCCGGAAACGUGAUGGGAGACCUGCUCUACACCAAAGAGGGGGUGCCAGUGCUCAUUGUGGGACACCACAUUCUCUACGGGAAGCAGGUCAAACUGGAGAAACCCUUCGCUGUCCUCACCAAGCAGUCCGGCCGUCUGCAGGAGACCCACGACGAUAACAGCGAUGACGUCACACAGGUUCCCAUGGAAACAAACCAACAAGGACCCACCUCCACCUCUUACUCCGUGACGGCCCUCAUCAAACGCAAGCUGAUCUUUAAGACGCGCCCCAAACCCAUCAUCACCAACGUGCCCAAGAAGGUGUAGCUGUGUGUCCUCGCUGCGCCGCAGGUGUGUGUGACGGUCACACGCUCUGACCCGGACCGGACUGUGCAGCUGAUCAAUACCGCACCUCAUACUGAUCAAUACAGACACCUUUCCCCUGGACGGAUGCUGAGGAGAGACGUCAGCGAGGCUCCUCCUGAGUCUUGUGUUUUUCAUGAUGGUCUUCGUGCUGCUUCAGAGACGUUUGCACAGACAGGAAUCUCACUGUGGAGGAAAAACUGAAAAUUUUAUGAAAAAAAUUAAUAAAGAAUUUUGGAGAUCGA